CUGAGAUUUGGGGGGGGUAUGAUUUCGGCAAGCCUUGCCAAAAUCACACUCCCCUCUUUAUAAUGCUUUAUAAUAAUGAUAGACACAUCCUUAGGCCCUACUCAUUUCAAGUGCUGAGUGCUUGAAGUGAACUCUCUGAAGUGUGAACUGUCUCUCGUGUAUGCAUUUGGAGCUCCAUUCUUCAUGGGUUUCCAUGAAGUUUCGCAUCAGAAACGAGUGAUGGAAACAGCAAAUUUCUAAUUAAAAACCCUUAAUUCGCAAAAAAGUUUUUACGUUCGCUUGAGGUGGUUUUUCUUUUUUGCGAAAAAGGUUCAUGCGAAUAAUGGUAGAUGGAAACGCAUUUACCGAAUAAAUUCCUCCAAAAAGUCACGUAACUGCACUAUGAGACAGCGUAACCUGACUAGCCAGAGUACUGAUCUUGUUACACAGCAUGAGAAAUGUUGUUAUGGUUAUUCUUAAAUGCCUGAGCAAAGUCAUCAAAGUAUUCUGUAAUUACCUCUUAGAACUGUCACGACUGUGUUUCCCAAACAGCAGGCAUCCACAAAAGCACCGCAUUUAUUGUGUUUCGUAAUUGUCGGCUUGCGCAAGUUUUAUUAUACAUGAAAAUUAUUAUAUUCAGUGGCUUCUCUUACUUUUCUUACUGAUAUUUAGUAGCAGUUUAUUAGGAAGUGACGGUUGACUAGUUGGAUGGAAACGGUGCUUAUUCGAAAAAGUUUUAUGCGAUAUUCCAAUUUUGCGCAUAAGCUAAAUUCGCAACUUUGGAUGGAAACCCGGCUAAUGACAGGUGAAAACACGCACGUCCCUUCGCGAGCAUAUCACGCUCUAAUGAAGGGAAACGGGGAGUUACAAAUUGCCCUCAUUGUAAUCCGUCAAAAUGACGGAUGAACGGCCUUCGGAUUUUUCCGUCACUGGUAAAAAAAAUCUGUCAAUGACAGAGAAUUUUCGGUUAACGCGACCUCUGGUACACACAUGUAGGGCCUACAGGAAUAUCUGGACCACGGUCAAUCUGAGUGGGGGUCCGCCCAUCACUAUCUCGGAUUGGUUUAGACCACGAUAUGGGCCUAAUGUGUGUCUGUUGUUGAAUCACAGGGAGACUUUUAGAGUCGCAGAGACUUUUUUUCUCCCUCGAACGGCUGGUCGCACCGGUGCGACCUCAUAUUUUUUUUAGUCGCACCAUUGAGAAAUACGGUCGCACUCUAGAGCCCUGAUGAAGUACCAUGACUUCAAAAGAAUUGUAUUUAGAGUUAGACUUCUGGGAAAUGCUAAUAGAGUUAUUGUAAAGUGCAGUGACACCCCCCUCUGCCUUUUGAAUGAGGUUCAUGUUUAUAAUAAUCUUGGGGGACAGAUUCAUUUAAAGUAAUAUAAUCAUCUGGUUUUAGCCAUGUUUUUGUCAAACAGAGCAUGUCUAUUUUAUGAUCUGUUAUCAUAUCGUUAACAAAAAGUGCUUUAUUAGAGAUUACUUUCUUAAAUGUUGUCUGGGGCAUAUUGACCCCAUAAUGGUUUCAACAAAGCACAUUACCGGUUUACUAAUCCCUUUCUAAAUCUUUUCUGAGGCAGUGUGCACACUGCAUCUAAAUUUGUUUUUCACUUCACCUUUUAGUGAUUAAUCCUUCUGUAUACACACACAGUUAACUAAUUAACGGCAAUGACAAACACAUUCUACUACAUUCUUACACGUUUUGACAUGGGGCUGGUGACAGUGUUGCCAUAUCUUUUGGUAGAAAAAUGGCAAACAAGGAUAAACCCAAAAUAAAUCUAAAAAAAAUGAAACCUUUUAAAAGCUACACACAACUGUCCAUUUAUUAACUCAAUAAAGUAUCUAUUGCUUCAUGUAUUUUACAAUUACAUAUUUGUCUUAGGAAUGCUAAAAUGUCAGACAACCAUGAAGCACAAAAAGAUGAACUGCUGGCUCUAGCAAGCAUAUAUGAUGAAGAGGAGUUUCAAAGGGCAGAAUCAGGACGGGAGGGUGAGAUCCAUCUGUGCCUUGAGCUUCCUUCUGACUUUAAACUGAUAGUCAAGGAGCCAACAUGUGUAGAGUAUGGUAUAUCAUUUCUACCAACUAUUCUGAGUUUUGAUCUACCUGUGGACUACCCUUCAUCAUCAGCUCCAGUCUUUUCUUUAAGCUCCAAAUGGCUCACAGGAGAACGAAUCACCACACUUUGCAAAAGACUAGAUGAACUUUGGGAGGCGAACCGGGGAAAUGUGGUUCUUUUUACCUGGAUCCAGUUCCUAAAAGAAGAGACUCUGGAAUUCUUAGGCAUCCAUUCUCCACUUGAGAUCCAAAGCAUUGCUGGUCAGUCUCAGGGAGAAUCUGGCCAGACGCAAGCAGCAGAAAAAAGUAAACCACAAGAAUUAGACCCAAGAGCUGUUCAAGAAGUCGAACUUCGCACAGACAUACUAAGUCACCUGCUGGAUUUUGAUGAAGCUCAAAAGCAGAAAGUGUUCGAUGGAAAGGUCUUCUGUUGUGGGAUCUGCUUCUCUGAGAAGCUUGGUUCCAGCUGUUUGCUCUUUAAAGAGUGUCAGCAUGUCUACUGCAAGGCCUGCAUGAAGGAAUACUUUGAGAUCCAGAUCAGAGAUGGUAAAGUGCAGUGCCUUGACUGUCCUGAGCCGGAGUGUACGUCCGUAGCCACUCCAGCACAGGUAAAGCUUCUGGUGGGAGAAGAGGAGUUUGCCCGCUACGACCGUCUCCUUCUGCAGUCAAGUUUGGACCGAAUGGAAGAUGUUGUUUACUGUCCCCGCAAAAGUUGUUGCACGCCUGUGAUGCUGGAGCCGAAAACCUCUCUGGCCAUUUGCCCAUCUUGUCGAUACGCUUUCUGUACCAUCUGCAACCGAGGCUAUCAUGCUCUUUCUCAAUGCAUUGCCACUGCUGAAGAAAUUAAGCGUUUACGGGAGGAAUACUUAGCUGCGAGUGAGAUAAGAAAGAAAUCUCUUGAAAAGCGUUUUGGAAAACAUGUCAUCCAGAGAGAGGUGGAGAAUUACUUUAGUACAGAAUGGUUGAAGGAUAACAGUAAGAAAUGUCCAUCCUGUGGCACUCAUGUACAGAAAGACAAAGGCUGUAAUAGAAUGACAUGUACCUCCUGUUGGAAAAAAUUCUGCUGGGUCUGCUGUACUCUUCUCAGCAAUAAUAACCCAUACAACCACUUCUCAGACCGAAAUUCACCAUGUUUAUAACCUAUUGAACUGACAAUAAAUAGAACAGAAGAAAGCUUUUUGAGAAGGUUCCUAAUCUGACAUAAUGGAAGGCUCUCCGAACAUGAUUUAUUCAGUGCACUAAGCAUUUUCUUUACAUUUUUUUAUUUUGUUUUCAAUUAAAAAAUGUAAACAUGUUUAUUUCAUGUUUAUUUUUCAGUUGUUGUUUUCAUUCUGGUUUGGGUGAACAUUUUGAACAAACCUAUUGUCCAAGCAUUAUCGACAAAACAAAACAAAGACUUGGGUCACACAACACAUGUUAAAACUAUAGGAUUGAUAUGAUAAAAUAUUAAAGAUUAUAUAAUUUUUAAUCAAAUUGAUUAUACAUUUUAUACUGAAUAUUUCAUUAAAUAAAUCUCAUAUAUCAAUAUUUGGUGAAAAAAGCUGCUAAAUAAAGGAAAUUUAAAGCCAUCACAUUAACGUGCCAGACAAGUAAAUAAUUAAAUAGACGUAAAAAAGUCUAUUUAUUAGACAGUGUGUUGUUUAUUUCCAUUUAAUUGAAUAUAAGUUCACUGUGAUAGGCCAACACGACAAUCCAUUUAGCAAAUGAGUGAAUCUGUCCAAGGUAGAUGCAUAUGGAUGUCUUUGGCCAUUGCAUUGUGUUUUGAGCAUAUCAUAGUUGACUCAUUACUGCUAGCUUUUGGUAAGUGUGUAAACAAGUGUGCUUUGACUUUAUAAUGAGGUAAAAUUCCUUAGAAUUAGUCAAUUUAUUACUAACAAAUAAUAUAUUUAAUUGACAUAAAAUUUGUUUAUUUAUGUUUGUUUACAAUACAUUAACUUUACUGUUUAUAAUAAAUGAUUUAUAUAGCUAGAAAUGUGAAAAAAAUGUUUU